AUGGCCAACGGCCGCAAUCCGAGCUCGAACCGAUUCUUCAGAGGCAGCCGCCUCCAGUCUCGCCCUUUUUACGUUACGAUCCUGAUCCUUUCGAUCCUCACGGCAUACUCUUUCCUAUCGCACACGACUGCCGCGCGUUACGCCUCCCGCAGCGACACGACCCCCGCCGAAACUCUGCUCUUCAAGCGCAGCUCCUCGCCGCUCGAAGCCCCCGAAUGCAACGACGUCCACGAUGCUCAGGAUAAAUGCGCCUUUGUCAGGCAGUAUUGCGCCGACGACGAUGCCGGCCUCAUCCAUUACCUCGACCUCUACUACUGCGCCUUCGCCGAUAUCCAACCCAUCGCAUUCAGCUUGCUCGUGAUAUGGCUGGGUCUUCUCUUCACCACCAUUGGCAUAGCUGCGAGCGACUUUUUCAGCGUCAAUUUGAGCACAAUUGCAACAAUUCUUGGCCUGAGCGAGAGUCUAGCUGGAGUCACUUUCCUCGCUUUUGGAAAUGGUUCCCCAGAUGUUUUCAGCACAUUUGCUGCCAUGGGCUCCAACAGCGCCAGCAUGGCCGUUGGCGAGCUUAUUGGCGCCGCCAGCUUCAUCACUGGUGUUGUCGCAGGCUCCAUGGCACUUGUCAGGGAGUUUCGCGUCGAUCGUAAGACGUACGCUCGCGACAUUUGCUUCUUUAUCCUUGCAGUUAUCUUUACGACCAUCUUUCUGGCCGACGGCCAUCUGCACUUGUGGGAGUGCUGGCUCAUGAUCGGCUACUAUACCAUCUACGUGAUCACUGUUGUGACCUGGCAUUGGUACUCAACCAGGCGGAAGCGGAGGCAGCGCAGAGAGGGGGAGGCGCGCAGUCACGUCUACGGGCCCAUUGGGCACUCUGGAGAUGAAUUGGCUGGCGAGCCGUACCGGGACGACCCUGAUGAGGUUGGGUCCGGCCCAGGCGCCUCGAGUUCUGCUCCGCUUGACAUUUCAGUUCUUGAAGCUGGACCUAGGAUUGAGAUCGAGGGUCAGGAACCAGAGUCAAGUGAUACGUCCAGCGAGGACCAUGAUCGAAUGGUCGCCGCUGAGGUCGCCAGCAGCAUGCGAGUUCUUCGGGGCAGACCUGGUAGGAGGCAUACUUUGACUCCUAUCAGACCCAGUCUAGUUGGUGCGCUCGAGUUCCGGUCGGCCCUCGCCCAGCUGCAGCGCGAGGGCAACCUGCAGCUGGCGCCCAUUCCAGAGAGAAGCUCAUCUGAUCAUCAUGUCCACCACAGGCGGAGGGUGACUACGACGACGAUGCCGGACUCCCGCUCUGAUGGUCUGCUCGCUACCGCGCGCGCCGACCAUGAACUAAGGAGAAACAGAGCCCUCUCCUCAGGGGACCAGCCGGUUGGGCCUUUAAUCGAUCAUGACUUGCUGAUGCCCAGCAGCCGAGAUUCAGGCGACGGCAACCUGUCUGUCCCUCCGUCGAACGCCAGCGGAACGCGAUCACCAAGCCCGAGUCCGUCUUAUACCGUCGGAGGCAACUUGGCUCCCCCCCCUGUCGGCCCGAGCGGGACUACUGAUGAUGCUCCAACUGAGGAUCACCAGAACAAAUUGCUCGCUCCUCAGCUCGAGUUGCAGAUUCCCAGUCGUCGCAGCAGCUACAGUGAUAGAUCUUCACCAGUCAGCCCUUUCCCCAUGUACACGGACUCACCCGCCCUGCUCACGCCCAACUACCAAGCUGAGCCCACCGAGUUCUUGUCACCAGGAGCUGUCUCACCCGGCACCACGCCUUCAAAUGCGGUAAGCCGUGAAACACCGUUUGCAGAUCUGCAGCGGACGGCGGUAUCGCCGAGUCGUCCUGUGAGAUGGUGGCCAUAUGCUGUGCUGCCACCUCCGCAUAUCCUCUUGGCAACUUUAUUUCCCACGUUGCAGGGAUGGAGUGAGAAGACGGCCUGGGACAAGUUCGUCAGCGCCAUUUCUGUGCCCAGCAUCUUCCUUUUGGUCACGACUCUACCUGUUGUCGACUCUGAGACGACUGACGACGACUUGUCCAUUCUGGACACGCUCCUUGACCACAGUGUUCACCACCACGAUCAUAACCCAAGCUUUGGGCAUAUGGCUCCGCCCGUGUCUAUAGAACACGCGGCGAUAGAGCCAGAGUCGGAGUGGGAGCGCUACCGUAGACAUACCCUCCACAGUCGCGGGAACAGCUACAUCGCCUCUUCUGCCACCACUCCGUUCACACACGCCGAAGAAGGAGAAGCUGUGGAAGAUUCGAAUUUCUCACUGGGUCCUCCGGCCAUCGUGACAAAGCCAGCCUCCGAUUUUCCAUCCUCCAGCAGUGUCAAGAAUGACUGCACGGGUUGGAACCGAUGGCUCGUGGCGCUCCAGCUCUUCACCGGACCCCAAUUCGCUGUUUUCGUCCUUUGGGCUAAUAUGUUGGAGGACUGGGAAAAUCCUCACAAGGUUCUGGUCCGAAUGGUGAUGUACUCGCUCCUGGCCUCGCUUGUCCUGCUAGGUAUUCUUGUCCUCUUUACGACGGAGGAGAGACGCCCAAAGUAUCAUUAUAUGCUGUGCUUCAUGGGAUUCAUCAUCAGCAUAGCCUGGAUAUCGACCAUUGCAGGUGAAGUCGUGGGGGUCCUGAAAACAGUUGGCGUCAUCCUCAACAUCUCGGAAGCUCUGUUGGGACUUACAAUUUUUGCUGCUGGAAACAGUGUUGGAGAUUUAGUCGCCGACAUCACAGUGGCGAGGCUUGGAUACCCCGUCAUGGCCUUGUCUGCCUGCUUUGGAGGACCCAUGCUGAACAUUCUCCUGGGUAUCGGCAUCGGCGGCGCCAUGAUGAUGAUUCAAAAGGCAAACAAGAAGCACCGCAAGGAUCCCAGUCAUCCCAUCAAAUACAAGCCUUAUCGCAUCCAGGUCGGCGGGACUCUGAUGAUCUCAGCCAUCACACUCCUGGUGAUGCUUGUGGGCUUGCUGAUUGUGGUGCCGAUGAACAAGUGGAUUCUGAGUCGAAAGAUUGGAUGGGGACUGAUUGCUCUCUGGGCAGUGAGCACGAUUGUGAAUGUGGUUGUUGAAUUGACUGGUGUAUGGGGAGAGAUGUAA